AUGACCAUGAGCCCCUUCGCACUGAUAUCCCCGUCGACUCGGGGGCUGUCUCUCGCCUUGACACGCCACCUGCUUCGGACGACAGACCUCACCGUUUUCGCGACUCACCGCUCAGACAGUCCAGAUGCUGUACGGAGAAACAUACUCUCACCGCUCCCACAUGUCGAUGCAAACAGACUGCGCCUUCUGCACUGCGAGCUCACUUCCGAAGACAGCAUCGCAGCCGCAGCGCAGGACCUGGCAGAUGCCCUGGGAAGUGACGCUGAUGGCGGUGCUCAUCUGGACACCGCUUUCUUCGCUGGGGGCAUCCUUAACCCCGAGCGUCAGCCAGCGGACCUGGACGCGAGUACCGUAGAGAAGACAUUCCAGAUCAACGUCAUCUCACACCUGCUCCUGAUCAAGCAUUUCUCGCGCUUCCUCCCUCCCCCAAGCUCCACCAGCUCAAAGGCUAAAUCAUCAUCCACCACCAAAUGGGUGCACGUCUCUGCCCGAGUGGGCUCGGUCUCGGACAACCGCCUUGGCGGAUGGUAUUCGUACCGUGCGUCCAAAGCAGCACUCAACCAGGUCAUCCGCACGUUCGACCUCUACCUGCAGCAGAAGAAGAUACCCGCGAUGUGCGUCGGAGUACAUCCAGGGACAGUCAAGACUGACUUGAGCCGGGUAUUCUGGGACGGGGUGCCGGAGAACAAGCUGUUCGAGCCGGAUUUUGCUGCAGAAAGGAUUGUCGACGUAGUUCGUGACCUGGACAGCAAGAGCAGAGGAAGAGUGUGGGACUGGGCGGGCAAGGAAGUAGUACCAUGA